AUGUCCAAGACACUCUCCCACGCAAAGAUUGUCCCGAACCGCUCCGGUGCCCGAGGACACUCUGAUCAUGGGUGGCUCAACACCUACCACAGUUUCUCGUUCGCCGAUUGGUAUAACCCAGACCGUGUGCAUUUUGGCAGCCUGCGGGUGCUGAACGAGGACCGGGUCAAGCCCAACACGGGCUUCCCCACGCACCCGCAUCGGGACUUUGAAAUCUUCAGCUACGUCCUGUCGGGCGAGCUCACCCACCGCGACAGUAUGCUGCGCAAGGGCGCCGAGGGCGGCCAGUCGGACAAGUUCUACCGCAUGCACCGGGGCGACGUGCAGUUCACCACGGGCGGCACGGGCAUCGCGCACUCCGAGUUCAACGAGCACAACCGGGACACGGUGCAUUUCCUGCAAAUCUGGGCCAUGCCCUGGAAGCGCGGCCUCACGCCCCGCUACCACACCCGCCACUUUGACGACGAGGACAAGAAGCUGGGCUUUGUGACCAUCCUGAGCCCCCUCAAGGCCGGCCCAGAGGCCACCGCCGAAGAGGAGAAGAAUGCCGAGCCCACCAUCCCUGAAACCAUCCCCAUCCAUGCCGAUCUUGUCAUGGCUGCUGGUAUUAUCGCGCCCGAGAACAAGUUCGAGUGGAUCGUGGGCGGCAAGGCCGGCGGAAACAACAAGCGCAAGGUCUACAUCCAUGUGCCCAUGACCAAGGGCGGCAAGACCAAGGUUCGUCUGGAUGGAAGGGAUGACAUCCUGGGUGAAGGUGAUGGUGCCUUUGUGGAUGGUCUGUUCGCCGGAGACAAGUUGGCAGUCGAAAGUGUUGGUGAGGUAGAUGCUGAAGUGGUCGUGUUGGAUACGGCAUAA